UAUUUCCUCCACUUGGAGUGCUGUUACAUAUCAUAACCUUGAGUUUUCGCACUUUCCUUACUCUAACAGAUACUACAGUAGCAUGUUUUCAGCUCCGGGCCAUCCCUUUGUAGCUCCUCGGCUUCUCUGUUAGCUCCGCGAGGCCGCUAAUGAGAGCUACCGGCGGCGACACCUCGGUCAGAAUGCCUCGGAGAAAGAAGAACGGCCAGAGCCCGGCCAGAGUCCCGGGAGGGCCGUCAGAGGGGGGGAGCCUCGGCCACACCGCGGGUUACCGACUACCUCAGGGAUAUGACGGUGGAAUGACGAACAACUUUUCAUCCAGCGACUCGCUCUCCAGCUCCGCCAAGGAGAAAAUCGUUAAAAACAUGCAGGAGAUGUUCUCGCACCUGGACCCCGAAGUUAUAUACAUCGUGCUGUCGGAGUGUGAUUUUAAAGCUGAAAAUGCAAUGGACUCCCUCUUGGAGCUGUCUGUGGCUGCUGAAGUUGUAGCCCCUAUUCCUUCUCCUGUCUCUGGCUUCGAACGCACUGCUGCAGCUCUUCUCAGCCCCCAACACUUUUCUGAACCUAGACCAAACCCAGACUCCUCCAAACUGUCACAGCAGCCCUCCUCUCCUUCCCCCACCAACCUCAUGACCGAGGAUCUCGACCUGCUAGUUGAUCAGGAGCUAGAGACACUGACUGCACAGCAAAAUGUUGAGGAACAGCACCGCAGUAGUUUUUCCUAUUUCCCUCCACCAUCAUUUCCACAGCAGCCCCUCCCUGAGCUGCUUCAGUCCAGCCUGCAGCCUAGAUCUAGAGGGGCCUCUGCUGAGCAGGCAUUCCCAGUGGGAAGCUUGGUAGAGCAUAUGUCUGGAGCUUCCUCUCCACUUGACCAGCACAGCUCAUGGGAUGACAAGACUGCUAAGGGGCAGCAGUCAGUGGAGGAUCUCACACAUCUGUCGACAAGUACUCCUGCAGACAAGCUGAAACUUCCUUUGGACCUGGCAGCUUCAGGACGUCCCUCGGCUUUCCAGGUGUAUAAAAAGCAAGACCCGUCACAUAGUUUUUCUGAACAGACUGGGGUCAUGUCCUCUGAUGGGGUAGUUGGAGGAGCAAGAUCUAAGGUGAACAUGUACAAUCAGGAGCCACAUGGUUACAUGUCAUCAUCCUGGAACCUGGAGGCACCUGUGUUUUCACCCCGUAUCCAUGGAAACCAGGGGCCAACCUUCAUUACCCCUGUGGCUCAGACAACUUCCAGCUGGCUCAAUCAACCCAGGCAUGCCUCUCCUUGGCUUAAUUAUGCUCCUGUCAGUCAAGCACCCCUCAAACCUUCAGCAACUAUUCCGAAGUCCUGGGCCCUGCCUACUGCUCCACAGUUUCCUGCUCGGUACAGCAGGCUUCGUUUGGAGGGGAACGUGCUCGUGCUGCUACGUGGUGCUCCAGGAUCUGGCAAGUCAACUUUGGCAAGAGCCUUGUUAGAACAUAACCCAGGUGGAGUUAUUCUGAGCACUGAUGACUAUUUCACUCACCAUGGAGUAUAUCAGUUUGUCCCUACUGCUCUGGGGGAGGCCCAUGAGUGGAACCAUAAACGAGCCAAGGAAGCUUUUGAGAGGGGCUCUAACCCCAUCAUCAUUGACAAUACCAACAUGCAGGCCUGGGAGAUGAAACCCUAUGUGGUUCAGGCGCUGAAACAUGGAUAUAAAGUGCUGUUCCGAGAGCCGGACACUUGGUGGAAGAACAAGCCCAGAGAACUGGAGAGACGCACCACACAUAACGUGCCAGUGGAAUCAAUCCGCCGCAUGCUUGACGGAUAUGAGCGCUUUGUGACAGUCCAGUCUAUUAUGGGUUCACACAUGCCUGAAUGGAAACAGCGCCUCAUUCUGGAGAACAAGAGCUCACAGCGUGUGUCCUCUGAAACACCUUGUCCUGAUCUGGUAGGACAGCCUGGAUUAACUGAGGAGUAUAAGAAAUCCCGGCCACAGCUGUUUUCCUCUCUCCCUGAUGUGUCAUCUAUUGGUUGUUCUGCUGAGGUGGGAAAGCUGGAAGAUGGCACCCACAAAUCUACUGAGUCGCUCAAUUUCCAGCCUACUGGAAGACCUACGGAUAACCCUGAAAUUUCCGAUGGGGAUGAUGACAUGGAUUUAGGGGGAUUAGAUUCUGAGUUGGAUGCUCAGUUACAGCUGAACCACUCUGUUGGAGAUCAAAGAAUCCCCGACUGUAUUGUAGAAUCAGUAAUGAACGAAGAUCAUCGUGAGGAUGAAAUACCUGUGGCUUUCUCUGAGUCUAUUGGGCAGAGGGUGAGGAGAGAAAGGCCAAGCAGGAGGUCUGGUUUUGACAGGAUGGAGCCUGCAGAUCUGGUGAAAGAUGCUAACCAAUCAGAGAGCGAGGCAAAGGAGGAGGAAGCACUACGAGCUGAGGUGGUGAGGGGUGAGGAAGAAAAGGGAAUUCCUAAAAUGUUGGAUUUUGAAGGGGAUUGGCCUUCUGAGGGCUCCCUCGAGCAGCGAAAGGCGAAGAGAAAAGAAAGGCAUAAAGAAGGAAAUGUGAAGGAAGAUGAGGGUAUGCCUCAAGAUGUAAAUGAAAAUAAAAUGAGGGUGCAGCCUGGACCUGACAUAACAGAGUUUCAGAAGGUUCUUGAUCUCAUUCAGACAGGUGUAGCUGCUAUUCAAACUGGUUCUUCCCAUUCUUCCUCCUUAUCUCUGAGCUCUGGAGAGGAAUUACUAAAAGAAGGGGAGGAAGAUGAGAGGUUUGAGGAAUCCCGUGGCAGUAAAUCUCACAGUGAAGAGAGGGAGCAAAACGUUAACAGGGCUAACAACAGCAGAGGUGAAUUACCUGACUGUGUGUUAGACUGGAAGGCAGCUGACUCUUGCAGGAUCAGAAAAUCAAGAAUUGAUAAUUGGGAGGAACUUAAAACUGAAAAUGAAGAAAAUAGUACAGGAGGGAACGAUCAUGUGUCAGAAAUCAGCAGAGAAACACCUGACCGUACAAAUCCUCGUUCAGCUAUCACUGCUGAUACACUAGUCAUCUCCAAAAUUGCAGAAACAAAUAUAUGCCACAAUGGGGUGGGAAGGCACAAUAUUGAAGAUGAGGUUGGUACAGAGCCAAGUGAUAUGGACACUAACAGCAGCACAGAGGAUGGGAGAGAGACUAGAACUGAGGCCGAUGGCAGCCAUAUUGGGGAGGUGUGUCAGAGUCCUGUGUGUGAGGGCUCUGUGGAAGCUGAAGGCAGUGCUUUCAGUGGAGGCAGUCAGGAGAGAAAGCAGCGUCAGGGUCGCAGAUCGGGGAAGCAGUGCAAGCUAGCCCUCACCUUCACUCAAAACUGCCCUGGUUCUUCAUUGAAUACUCCCGAAUCCCCCAGUACCACAGCUCAAAGCAUAGACAGUAGUCAGAGUAGCAUUAACACAGAAGUCAAACCUAGCUUUAGUCCUAGCUGUAACACCAGCCUUACCCUUAAACCAGACUUUGACCUGUUCACUGAGUCCAAAUCUGAGGCACACCUGCAGCCUCCUUCUCCCACUCUUCCUCAAGUUGACACAGGCUGCUUCACCCAGACAGAACCUCAAGACUUUUCUCUUCUUUGGCGUCUCAAUCGCCAAGACAGCCCUGAUGAUACAGUUGUCACUACGUGCAACCACUCCAGUGACUUCACAGUCUUGUAUGGGGACUCUUCUCGGUUUGUGCCGGAACUCUCCUCCGCAGUUUCUGCGGCUGUUGCAGUUCACCCAGCUGGCUACAAAGAGAUACCCUACCGUGUAGUGCAUGAGAAAGGCACACAGGUGGAGGAGAAGGAGCUCGGAGCAACUCAAGACCGGCUUGAGAGCUUGUGCAUCCUCAGCCGUCAUUUCAAACUAGUUAGUUUUGAUACAUUAGAAGAUCUGUAUGACAAAUGCCAUCAGGACCUAGAAUGGACCACUAACCUGCUGCUGGACUCUGGGGAGAAGUUCUUUAAAGAUGAGGAUGGUGAGGAGGAGGCCACUGCUGGGGGUGGAGAUGACCAGAACACAUCCAGUCUGUGUGAAGCUUUAGGCAAGAUUGUAGGAACCAGGCAGAGUCCUAAUGUGUCAGACGAGUUCCACUCUGACGAUUUGCCAAAGGGAGGGCCAGCUGGGUUCGAGGAGGGGUCUCAGCAGUCAACCUGUGAGACGGAUAAAGAGUCAAACAAGAGCUCCAGUAAUACUGAAUUUCCAAGUUUUGAAGGUGUAGCUGCUCCAGUCAGAAACAAAGAUCACCCUGAUACAACCUCACACCCUGAAAAAACUCCUCAAACAGAACUCACUCUGCCUAAAGUAACAAACGAAAGAGACAACACUGAACACAAAGUAAUAUCAGAACUUGACCCGGAAGCUGGCGCUUGGGGUGGGAGCUCAGAUGAUGGAGUAAUCGCAGAGUUGGCGAGUGAGAUUGAGGACGAGAUUGCCAGCAUUGACGAGGCUCAUCGGCUGCUGCAGGCUGAGCUAGAGGAGAUAGAGAGAGAGGAAAAACAGAGGAAGGAGGAGAAAAGGAGCAGACACCUUGACAUUCAGAGUUUGGAGCUGAAACUACCCACUGAGUUGGCACUACAGCUAACUGAACUAUUCGGUCCUGUGGGAGUAGACCCAGACACAUGCUCCACUGAUGACUUUGCAGUGCAGGUGGACCUGAACCUGGCUAAGCUGCUCCACCAGAAGUGGAAGGAAACAAUCCAGGAAAGGCAGAGACAAGCAAAUCUUUCUUUCCACUUGCUUCAGGAAAGUUCAGUACACUGGGGUGAAUCACCGGUGACCAAACCUGGGCGAACACAGCCAACACAUUUCCUACUUAAUGCAGACGGCUACGCGUCACUGGACAGCCAACCAGAGGCCCGUGGUCAGAUGCCAUUCAUGGACCACUGGAAUGUGUCCCGUCCACAUGUCUCUCUAAGAGAUAUUAUAAAAGAGGAGCAGGCUUUGCAGGAGAACGUGCAGAGGACCAGACAGAGUCGUUCAGAACUCGACCGGCGAGAUGGAGCCACCCUGCUGAAAGAGAACCAACUUUACUCUCUCUUCCCCACCAUUGACAGGCAUUUCCUCCAGGACAUUUUCAGAGAUCACAAUUACAGCCUGACCCAGACCGAGCUGUUUCUUCGCUCUAUGCUGGAGGAGGAACCCGUCAAGACGGUUGUCGCCCCGGAGGUUCCUCGGUCUGACCACCACAGAGCAGCCAGCAAGGAGAGGGAAAAGAGGCAGAAACCCCCAGAGUCAACCAUACCUGACUAUCAGGAUGUGGAGGACCCAGAAUAUGACGACUUCAGGGCCGAGGCCAGCCUGCAGAGGAGGCGACAGCUUGAGAGUUUCGCCAAGGCUGCUGAGGCCUACAAGCAAGGACGCAAAGAAGUGGCCUCAUUUUAUGCACAGCAGGGACACAUGCAUGGCCAGCGGAUGCGUGAGGCCAAUCAUCGUGCAGCGGUUCAGAUUUUUGAGAGGGUCAAUUCGUCGCUGCUGCCCCAGAACAUCCUGGACCUCCAUGGACUGCAUGUAGACGAGGCCCUGCAGCACCUCGCCCAAGUCUUACAGGACAAAACCAGAGACUAUGAGCAGGGUCUGUGUCGACCUCAGCUCUCUGUCAUCACAGGAAGAGGGAACCACAGCCAAGGGGGCGUGGCCCGCAUCCGCCCCGCUGUUAUAGACUACCUCACCAACAAACACUACAGGUUCACUGAGCCAAAGCCAGGUCUCAUGUUGGUCUCUUUGAAGUGAAAAGAACCUGGGUUAUUGGAUUCUAACGAAAGCUGCUAUGGAGGACAACACACUCUCUGUCUUUAUCUCAUCCACAGUUAUUACAGUAUAUACAUGUUACACUCAGCCUCCUUGUUUCCUACUUCUGGCAGUCAGGUCUGUUACUUUUUAUAUAUUCAUCCCUUCUCUUUCUCCAUCAGUCAUAUAGCCGCCAGAAAUUUAAUUUAAUCUUAAUCUUGGUUAAAUUGUGGUUAAUUUUAGUUAAGAUCUUAAUCUAAAUGAAGAUGUUGAUAGAAUAGUUUUUCUUUUGUUCGUGAAGGAGAACUGCCUUGGCGUGAAAAACAAAAAAGGUAUUUUAUGCACAUGUAAAGCUGGAAUGUAUGUACUGUAUAUUUUAUAUUUAAAAGCAUUUUAUAGUGUGAUGUAUUUUGCUUUACGUUUGCCUUUAUGCCUUUUAAGAAGUACUAAAAAUCCUUUUGUUUAUAAGGCUCUAUAAGGAGGUGUUGGAUAUUUGGAACAUUUAUUAAUCUGGAGUCAUGUUUGAGACUUUAAUGUUUGUAUUUUAUGAAACUUUAUUUGAAUCAUGAUUGCUUGGUGUUUGGAGGUUGUUCUCUAGGUUUUUAAAUAAUGUGUAUAAUAGCAUUCUUUAUGAAACACAAUUUAGUCAUUGUGUUUGUUAAAAAUUCAGCAUUUACUGGGUACCAUAUAAUCAGAUAUUGUCAAAUGAUUAGCUGCUAAUGUGUUAAUAUUCAAACUCAGGUAAAUUUCCAAUCAUAUUACAAUUUCUUGUCUUUCAAUGCCAGUCAAUUGUUUCCAGCCUCUUCCUGGUAGCUUUUCUUUAACACACUGUGCCAUGUUUUGUAGUAGUUGAAUUCCUCAGGUGGCUACACUAAUUUUUUUGUAGGUUUAAAAUCACUUCUGUUUUUCUAUCUUUGUGAUGUUUUUCACAAAGCUACAACUACAGUGCUGAAAGAUUUUACUGAUUGUAAAUAAUGUAAACGUGAAUUAUAGAGAAAUUUGUAUUUUUCUAUACAUUUGUUCAAAUGGUUUUACAGAGACUAUUGUGGAAUAAAAUUCUAUUUGU